CCGUGUACAAAACUAUCGCCCCACGUUUUCUCCUGUAAAUUCACGAGUCAGUACUUCGGCGUAACUCGAAACGGUAGGAUCUCGUGUACAUUUGAGCAACUGUGAACGUGUGCCUGGAAGGGUAAUCUCGAUAAACAAUCAGUGGAAUAACGUGCAUUUUCUUUCGUUCCCUCAUCGAUUUUUUUUUUGAAAGACAGGAGUGGGAGUUUGUUUCAGGUCAUUUUCCGGUGGUUUUUUAAAUGUUUUAGAGCUUAAUUGUUUCUAGGAUGAAACAGAACUUGGAGUUGCCUGUUUAAAGGUAUUGGAAAUUGCUCCGGGGAGAACUAUUCAGACAAGAAUUUUGGAGACCCAUAGACCGCUGAUUUAUUCAUCGACAUGUAUUACCAAGCGAUUGCGCUCAAUCUGGUAUUGAUAAGUGUGUCGAUCCAAGUGAUCGCCUGCGAGGGCUGCAACAAGGAGGACCACCAGAAGUGUGUGGCCCUCGCCGAUCCCCUCCUCAAAGAUGCGCACCUCAUUUUUCCGGACAACAUGAGGGACAUUGAUAUGGUCUGCAGGACAUGGUCGAGCUUCGUCGACUGCAUCAAACGGUAUAUCGACAGGUGCUUCACGAAGCAACGCAGGGAGCAAUUCAAUCAGGCGGUGGAGUCGCCGAUUGCUUCGGUCCAUCAGAUGUGUUCUGUUACUUCUUAUCAGACUGAGUACCUGCAGUACGCGAGUUGUCUGAAAGCGACCGUUACCGAGGCUCAGCACUGCGGUAAUCAGUACACAGCGCUGGUGGAUGAGGUCUCCCAGGGGGAAAUGGCCCGCAGGAGCCUCUGCUGUGCUCACCACCACUUCCGGGCUUGCGUCAUUACCGAGACGAGGAAGAGAUGUGAUGGAGGUCAGCCUGGCGGUGCAGCCUCCCGGUUCUCCGGACAGAUACUAGACAGGGCUCUGAGCUUCUUGCAGCAGCAAUGUCAAGCUUACAUACCAAAUGGUAGCGACUGUCCAGACCCAGUGACCGAGAGUUCCCUGGCUCUUGCGGUGAGUCCGUUAGACGAAGAGCCAGGAAAUCGCGGUAUCAGCCGACGUCCUUAUCAACGAACCCUAUCGCCCGACAACUACGCAGGACAGGCCAGCACCUUCCACGGCGCAAGUACAAAUGCAAUAAACAGUGCGUCAUCGUUCAGAAGCACUGGCAGAUCGCUAAACGUUCUUCCAAUUGUUUAUCAUUUUUUAGAGAAUGAAGAGCCCGAUGUCAGACCACCACCGACACUCGAGGUGUCCAACUCCCAGGUGACGGCGAAGGUGGAGGAGCCUGAGGGGAAGGCUGAGGGGGAGAAGGAAAUUUCUACUGUUGGACAGAGCAUCGAAGAACCUGCUGUAAUUGUAACCCAACGAUCCCCAAGUUACGGGAGAGGAAUGUCCUGGACAUCGCCCUCUCCAAAAGAAACAACAGAAAUCCCAGCCUGGGCUACGAGUACCUGGCCUGAGACCAAUAAAGACUCUGUAACAGAAUCUUGGUACCCAGCUGCCGGUAGCUUCGGUGGGAACAACAUAGACGAGCCGAACCAGCAAGGCCUGAAGAACGGACAAAGUUGUUUACGAUCUAAGAUAAUUCCAUUAGUUAUUGUCGCUAUUGCUUUAUAUUUUAUAUGAAUGAGGUAAAAUAAUUGUUAUUUUUGUUUCGAAACAUUCAACAAUCGAAUUUCCAAGGGAAAUGCGGGCUAGGCAAUAUUUCAUUUCAUUUGAACCUAGUGAUUAAUUAAAUCCAAUCGUUAAUUGGGCAAUUUGUUAAUUUGAUAAUGAAGUACUUAUUGAUCAUGUCAUUGGAGUAGAUAUCGUUAGUUUAUACGACAGCUUGCCAGAUCAGCAGAUACGUCUCCUACAUAUUCAAAUGUACAUUUUCUUUUUCAACAUUUAAAUAUGAAUAUUGAUUACCUGUAUAUAAUUAUGUGAUACCAAAGAAUAUUUUGAUUUUAUUAUCAACAAUUUGUUUAAUUUUCUUUUUCAGUAUUUGUAGGUAGUUUAUAUAAUCAGAGUAUAUUCUGCACUGUAGUACCGAAUUUGAAUUGUACAUUCAAUAAAACCUCUAGUCCAUUGA